GGCGGCGCGGCGCCCGUGCGCGGCCCGCGCGGCCCCAACCUCAACCCCAACCCGCUCAUCAACGUGCGCGACCGGCUCUUCCACGCGCUGUUCUUCAAGAUGGCCGUCACGUACUCGCGCCUGUUCCCGCCUGCCUUCCGCCGCCUCUUUGAGUUCUUCGUUCUGCUCAAGGCUCUCUUUGUGCUUUUUGUUCUGGCCUACAUACACAUUGUCUUCUCCCGGUCACCUAUCAACUGCUUGGAGCAUGUUCGCGAUCGAUGGCCGCGGGAGGGCGUCCUGCGAGUAGAGGUCCGUCACAACUCAAGCCGGGCACCAGUGGUCCUGCAGUUCUGUGAUGGGGGUCUCAGCGGCCUGGAGCUGGGGGAGGAGGAGGAGGAGGAACUGACCGUGGAAAUGCUCAACAACAGCUCCAUCAAGUUUGAGCUGGACAUUGAGCCCAAGGUGUUCAAGCCUCCAGGUGGCCCCGAUGCCCUGAAUGACAGCCAGGACUUCCCUUUCCCUGAGACGCCAACUAAAGUGUGGCCGCAGGAUGAGUACAUUGUGGAGUACUCGCUGGAGUACGGCUUUCUGCGGCUGUCACAGGCCACACGCCAGCGCCUGAGCAUCCCUGUCAUGGUGGUCACCCUAGACCCCACCCGGGACCAGUGCUUCGGAGACCGCUUUAGCCGACUCUUGCUGGACGAGUUCCUGGGAUAUGAUGACGUCCUCAUGUCCAGUGUGAAGGGCCUAGCAGAGAAUGAGGAGAACAAGGGUUUCCUGAGGAAUGUGGUGUCUGGGGAGCACUACCGCUUUGUCAGCAUGUGGAUGGCGCGCACGUCCUACCUGGCGGCCUUCGUCAUCAUGGUCAUCUUUACCCUCAGCGUGUCCAUGCUGCUGCGCUACUCGCACCACCAGAUCUUCGUCUUCAUCGUGGACCUGCUGCAGAUGCUGGAGAUGAACAUGGCCAUCGCCUUCCCCGCAGCGCCCUUGCUGACCGUCAUCCUGGCCCUCGUCGGGAUGGAAGCCAUCAUGUCUGAGUUCUUCAAUGACACCACCACGGCCUUCUACAUCAUCCUCAUCGUGUGGCUGGCCGACCAGUAUGAUGCCAUCUGCUGCCACACCAACACCAGCAAGCGGCACUGGCUGAGGUUCUUCUACCUGUACCACUUUGCCUUCUACGCCUACCACUACCGCUUCAACGGGCAGUACAGCAGCCUGGCCCUGGUCACCUCCUGGCUCUUCAUCCAGCAUUCCAUGAUCUACUUCUUCCACCAUUACGAGUUGCCGGCCAUCCUGCAGCAGAUCCGCAUCCAGGAGAUGUUGUUGCAGACUCCACAGCUAGGCCCCGGGACCCCCACAGCGCUGCCUGACGACCUCAACAACAACUCUGGCUCCCCAGCCGCCCCCGAUCCCGGUCCUCAGCUUGCGCUGGGCCCCAACUCCAGCUCCGCUCCUGCGGGCGGGGCAUCUGGGCCUGGCUCGCUGGGCGCCGCAGCCUCGGUGUCCGGCAGUGACCUGGGUUGGGUGGCCGAGACGGCCGCCAUUAUCUCGGACGCAUCCUUCCUGUCGGGGUUGAGCGCCUCACUGCUGGAGCGGAGGCCUGCGGCCCCCAGCACCCCGGACAGCGCGCGCCCUGACCCCGGGGUCCCUCAGGAGGAUUCGCCUGCGCCUGCCGGGUCCUGAGAGCAAUGACUUGCCCGGCUCCCUGCGGGGCCGCGGCCGGAGCCUGAGAGAGCUGUGGUCUGCAGGGAGAGGGGCUGGCGGUGAAGGUUCUGGAAGCGGCCGGGACAGGGCAGCGAGGUGCGGUGGGCGCGUGGCCGCCGGCCGCCUGGUGCUCCCCAGUGCCUUCCUCAUGGCGCCCGCGCAGGGCCGAGAGCCCGGGCCAGGACUCGCAGGUGGCGGCUCAGGACGCGGGGCGCACGUUCUACGCUAUUUAAUUGCAGUGUACAGAGUCGUGUUUGUAUAUAGAAUAAACUGUCGUGGACAGCG